UUUCCUUAACUAAAAAUUCAUACGUGGUUCGAGAGAAUAUCAAUGCUAGUAAUAUUAUUAAAUUGCGUGACGCUAGGAAUGUACCAACCUUGCGUCGACGAUCAGUGUGUCACAAACAGAUGCAAGAUUUUACAGGUAUUCGACGAUAUAAUUUUUGCAUUUUUCACACUGGAAAUGACGAUCAAAAUGGUGGCGAUGGGCGUGUACGGUCACGGUACAUACCUCGCCGACUCAUGGAACAGACUGGAUUUUUUCAUUGUUAUGGCUGGCGCGUUGGAGUACGCACUUAACGUGGAGAACAUCAACUUAUCGGCGAUUAGAACUAUCCGAGUUUUGCGACCACUAAGAGCCAUUAACAGGAUACCAAGUAUGCGUAUUCUGGUGAUGCUGCUAUUGGACACACUUCCCAUGUUAGGGAAUGUAUUAUUACUAUGUUUCUUUGUCUUCUUUAUAUUUGGAAUCGUCGGUGUCCAACUAUGGGAAGGAAUCCUAAGACAGCGAUGUGAAAUCGUCUUACCGCCAAACGUACCUAAACCAAACAUAUCCUUUUACUACGAGUUCUCCAAAGAAUUGGACUAUAUAUGCACGACACCAGAGGACAGUGGCAUGCACCAGUGCGGCGACUUUCCUCCUUACCGAUAUGGGGCUUUGGUUUGCAAUGAAACCGCAAGACCUUACUCGUAUAAUAGACCAACGAACACUUCAUGUGUGAAUUGGAAUCAGUAUUAUACUAACUGUACGCAGAGAGGAGCGAAUCCGUUUCAAGGAACUAUUUCUUUCGACAACAUUGGCCUCGCUUGGGUUGCCAUAUUUUUGGUGAUAUCUCUAGAAGGAUGGACUGAUAUAAUGUACUACGUGCAAGACGCGCAUAGUUUCUGGGAUUGGAUUUACUUCGUGUUACUGAUUGUGAUUGGGUCAUUCUUCAUGAUCAACCUCUGCUUGGUCGUCAUAGCAACGCAGUUCAGCGAAACCAAGAAACGAGAGAUGGAACGAAUGCGAGCCGAGAGAGCUCGCUUCACUUCGUCUUCUACUCUCGCGUCAUCCACCAACAACAGCGAACCCGCGACGUGCUACGCAGAAAUAGUCAAAUACGUCGCACAUUUGUGGAGGCGAUUCAAACGACGAAUGGCCAAAAAGAUUAGAGUGUAUAAAUACCAAAGAGCUCAACUUCGUUGGAGGACGAGUAGAGAAACACUCCAACUUCCAGCAAACAAGCCAAAACAGCAUCAUCCUUGCUGUCCACGAGUUCAUCCUCAGGGCAACGGCGGUAAGGGUGUGGAGGAGGGAGGGGCGGGGGAUGAGCCCCUCGGCCGACCCAGCCUGUUGCGCGUGCCCUCACUCUCCGCCGCCGACCUCGAGAACGCUUCGAACCUAUCUCUUCUAUCGCCGCCAUCGUUGGCUAGAAGAAGGUCAUCAGUGAUGUUCAGUGACACAGUAUUACUGCACGCACCAAACGUCCCUCAUGUCGCCCAUCCACAUAACGUUUGCUCCUCCGAGAAGAUGACACAAACAGAGUUCGACUUGCCGACAGGCGAUACGGCGGAGGAGAGAGCAGCCGCGGGCGGGACCAUGUCUUGUCAAGAGCUGUUGGCGCUGUCUGGAGCAUUGUCGGCUGCCUUGCCGACUGGACAAGUCGCGUUAGAUUCCUUUUUUGAAGAACUCACUAAGGGUAUCAGCAAACGAGCUGGCGAAGAUAAAAUUGAUACAAAGACAGUAGAAAUAGAAGAUUUUUCGUGUUGCGCGGAUUUGCUGGCGGCGGAGGCAGCCGCGAAGGAAACAAGAAAAGGACGAUUCAGAAACGCGUGUUCAAUGUUCUGGAAAAGGAUAUUGAAAUUCUUUUCGAUACUGCGAAAACAUAUCAGAAACAUCGUUGAUCAUAAAUAUUUUCAACAAGGUAUUUUACUAGCAAUUCUAAUCAAUACGCUAUCAAUGGGCAUUGAGUAUCACAAUCAGCCGGAGGAACUCACAGUAAUAGUUGAAAUCAGCAACAUUGUAUUCUCCGCCAUAUUCGCCAUUGAGAUGAUUCUCAAAAUAGUUGCCGAAGGUCCAUUCAAGUACAUAUCCAACGGUUUCAAUGUGUUCGAUGGAGUUAUUGUUAUUCUUAGUGCAUUCGAACUGGCUCAAAGCAUGGGCAACGAGAAGGACCUGGCCGGCGGCUCGGGCCUCUCCGUCCUCCGAACAUUCCGCCUCCUCAGGAUCCUCAAGUUGGUUAGAUUCAUGCCCAACCUUCGGCGACAGUUGUUCGUCAUGUUGCGCACCAUGGACAACGUCGCCGUCUUCUUUUCUCUGCUCGUCCUAUUUAUUUUCAUAUUCAGUAUUCUGGGCAUGUAUCUAUUCGGUGGUAAGUUUUGCAAGUACGUUGAAGACAACGGCAGCGAACGAGAUUGCACCUGUCCCGAAAUCAUCUCGCAUCAUCCCAAGUGCGAAUGCGACAGGAAACAUUUUAAUAACAUCCUGUGGGCCACGGUCACCGUGUUCCAGGUUUUGACCCAGGAAGAUUGGAAUGUUGUGUUGUUUAACGGUAUGGAAAAGACGAGUCAUUGGGCCGCGUUAUAUUUCGUUGCCCUUAUGACUUUUGGUAAUUACGUACUGUUUAACUUACUGGUUGCUAUACUUGUUGAAGGAUUUAGUUCUGAGCGAAAUGAGAGGAGAGAACGUGAGCAACGCGAAUUGGCGAAGUCGAAAUUGUCAAGCGAAUGUUUCUCUGACAAUAACGAAAUGCAAUACGACGAGUCGAAUUCGGGAUCUCAUUCGAGUGAUAGCUUCUCGCAGAAUGAAAUAAAAAAUUAUUGGCGGUCAGCGGACGACGUUAGGAAAGCUAAAGACGAUGUGAAUGGACAUAAAGAUAAAUCGGGGAAGACGCGACGCAAAACAAAAUCCUCUCACCACCCAACACUUUGCAAAGACUGCGCUCAAUCCAACAAAUGCAACCUACAAAAAGAAUCAAAAAUGUUGGCAAGCAGUGCUGGAUUACCAGACGCGACAGCUGUACCCAUGAUUACUCACACAGCGGCCACACCUCAAGACUCUCCAUCAACCACCUUGGAACCUGGAGCGUCGUUCAGAGAUUUCAAUAUGGCUUUAACCUUGGAGCGAUCGUCUAUGCUAUCCAGUUUAGAUUCUAUUGACAGGACAUCAUGCGCAAGUAUUCCAGGAUUACUAAAACCACCAAACAGUUACACGCUAACACUGCACUCAGUGCAGGCUCAGUUAGGUGCUGAGAAGGCUCGCCUCCCACCUAUCUCUUUAGCGCCCCCUCCUCUGACCCUCGCACCUCCUCCAGUGAGGUCCACGUCACCGUUAUCGACGACACCAAGUACUCCAAAGUCAACGCCAUCACCGCUUCUACCGGAAAAGAACCUACAAGUCACAAUAGUUAAGGACGAAAAUUGUUUGAAUACGAAUGACAAAGCAAGUCUGUUAAGUUCCCAGAAAAACAUAAGUGUGGUAAGCAGUAUUGUUAACGGAGACGAUAAAUGCAGAGUACAAAGAGGGUACAGCUGGCGUCUAUCCAGGCCUAGCUUACGGAGGAAACCUAAGCAAAGGACUGGUUCUGAUUCUGAUGCAGUAGUACUGAACAAUGGACGCGACCACGCCGUGUGUAACGGAUCAGGUCUUCGCAAAAACGAGCUGCUUCUAUCAUCAUCAAUGGUCAUUAAGAAUGACACGCAAUCCGAAUUACCUAAUAACCGAUCUAGGGCACAAUUGCCUGCUCCGAGAGUCUUAGCUGCUCCUGCAAGGAGAGUGUCGGCCCAUAAUGCUCCUCUAUUACCUGAUGUGUCGUGGAAGGCACCGGAGGCUGGCUUCUCAUCAGAUUCCACCGUGCGACUCGACACAGUCAAACCGCCUCCCCACAGGCUGUCACUCACCAAUGACUACUUGACAGUCACAACAGUAUCAGAAGUGAAAGCGAGCAACCUGUCGCCCACACAACUGUCGCACCCGACGCCGUCGCCGCGACCCACUCGGAACGAAGUCGCGACGCUGCCCACCAGGCCGAACAACCAACCGCUGCCUUUGAUCAAACAGAUCAAUGAGGAAGUGGCAAUAAACAACAACGUGUGCAUAUUAUCAUCAAGAUUCGACAGACGGACGUUCCGAUUCAAAGAUCUAUUCCGCUUUAUGGAGCCAACGGGAUGCCUCAAGGAGAAAGAGCACUAUUCGUUGUACAUUUUCGCUCCGGACAACUACAUAAGAAGAUUCUGCACAUGGGUGGUAACGAGGAGUUGGUUCGAUAACAUAGUGCUGCUAUUCAUUGCACUGAACUGCAUCACGCUAGCCAUGGAACGGCCCAACAUCCCACCAGACUCUAAGGAAAGAGCAUUCCUAUCCACCGCUAAUUACGUAUUCACCGGUGUUUUUGCUAUUGAAAUGUUUAUAAAGGUAGUCGCAUCUGGAAUGUUCUACGGGCAAGAUGCAUACUUUACUUCUGGAUGGAAUAUCAUGGACGGUUCAUUAGUGAUUAUAUCUAUCAUUGAUUUACUGAUGUCUUUGGUAUCGGAAUCAAGUCCUAGAAUUUUCGGAAUUCUCAGGGUUUUUAGGCUGCUUCGUUCGCUGCGUCCUCUGAGGGUAAUAAACAGGGCUCCAGGGUUGAAGCUGGUAGUUCAGACACUGCUCUCGUCUCUGAGGCCCAUUGGAAACAUCGUGCUUAUUUGCUGCACGUUUUUUAUCAUAUUCGGCAUUUUGGGAGUGCAGCUUUUCAAAGGGGCGUUCUUUUACUGCGAAGGAGCUAACAUAAAGAAUGUAAAGAACAAAUCAGACUGUCUCUCUAUAGAGGGCAAUGUAUGGGUAAACAGAAAGUACAACUUCGACGACCUAGGUAAGGCGCUGAUGUCUCUCUUCGUGCUCAGCUCUAGAGACGGCUGGGUCAACAUUAUGUAUACUGGACUGGAUGCAGUAGGUGUUGAUCAACAGCCAAUCGUGAAUUACUCAGAAUGGAGGUUGCUCUACUUUAUCGCUUUCAUACUUCUGGUGGGAUUUUUCGUGUUAAACAUGUUUGUGGGAGUGGUUGUGGAGAACUUCCACCGAUGUCGCGAGGAACAAGAGAAGGAAGAAAGAGUGAGGAGGGCCGCUAAGAGAGCACUACAAAUGGAAAAAAAAAGACGAAAAAUGCACCAGAGGCCAUAUUAUUCAGAUUAUUCUCAAACACGACUCUUCGUGCAUAACGUUGUGACGUCCAAGUAUUUUGAUUUGGCCAUUGCAGGAGUUAUAGGUCUGAACGUUGUGACAAUGGCUAUAGAAUAUUAUAGAAUGCCACCAGCGCUACAAUACGCAUUAAAGAUUUUCAAUUACUUCUUCACUGCUGUUUUCAUACUGGAAGCAGCAAUGAAACUUGUGGCGCUAGGAUUCAAGAUAUACUUAAAAGACAAAUGGAAUCAGCUGGACGUAAUAAUAGUAAUACUGUCGAUAGUUGGAAUUGUAUUAGAAGAAUUAGAAACGAAUAUAAUUCCAAUCAAUCCCACGAUUAUGAGGGUUAUGAGGGUAUUGAGAAUUGCAAGAGUUCUGAAGCUAUUGAAAAUGGCGAAGGGAAUAAGGGCGCUGUUGGACACUGUGAUGCAAGCUCUCCCGCAAGUUGGCAAUCUGGGACUCUUAUUUUUUCUGCUAUUUUUCAUAUUUGCGGCGUUGGGUGUGGAAUUGUUUGGAAGACUGGAAUGCUCAGAUGAUAUACCAUGUCAAGGACUGGGAGAACACGCUCACUUUGCUAAUUUCGGAAUGGCGUUCUUAACCCUAUUCCGGGUUGCUACCGGAGACAACUGGAACGGAAUCAUGAAAGAUACCCUACGAGAGGACUGCGACAGUUCCGUCGACUGCGUGCGCAAUUGCUGCGUAUCCACUAUAAUUGCACCAAUAUUCUUCGUUGUCUUCGUCCUAAUGGCGCAGUUCGUGCUUGUCAACGUCGUUGUUGCGGUACUAAUGAAACACCUAGAAGAAUCCCACAAACAAAUGGAAGACGAAAUCGACAUGGAUGUGGAACUAGAGCGUGAGUUAGAAAGAGAGGCCGACGACGAGGAAGACAGGGCUCUGUGUCGUGCGCUGGAACAAUGCACGAGUCCGCCGCGGCCGCUGAACAAGGUACCCUCCCUCCCAGCUAACUUCACGUACAGCGAACCAAAGCAGCCCAUUCCGUCUCCCGCACGCCGCCGGCGCACGCUGCACUCGCACCACGCUUUGUUACCGAGCGCACUACCUCCGAGGAGAGCGUCCUUAUCACCUCACGCCUUCGGGCGGCGUCGACAGGACUCCACCUCCGACCCGCCGGCGGCUCUCUAUGAAGAAGACGCGCGGUUCAUCGACGCUGAUGACGUCGAUGAGCUGGAGCCCGGCAGCCCGCCCCGACGAGACUCGUUCGCGCAAAAUCGGAGGCAGCGCGUCGACAAACGAAAUUCACUACGAGGAGAAGAAGCUAGGCUCCUUCGACCAGCAUUACUGGCCGUGCCGUCGACGAGACAGAGUUUAAGACUAAGCGGAACGAAGAGAAGACUGUCGACGGAAUCUGCCGGCGCAAGUGAUACGAGUCAUCUGACACUGCGAUCUCAAAAUCAAUUAACUCCCGAAUCUUUAGAUCUUCCCAUUAGUGAGGAGGAGAAGAUAAGGAUAGUAAUAGCAGAGAGGCGAAAGAUGGACGCGACGAAACCGGACACGGAUGACGCAGUAGAACUUUCGGAACGCGGCUCCUAGUCCAGGCGAAGCCGGCCGCAGCAACACCACGAAGUCUACAUCUAAGCGAUACUUAAAGUGUCGCCGGAUGUUCCCUACUCUCACCUUGCUAAGAUCCUCUCUGUCGUCUUCAAGGUCUUGUCUGCUCAAGGAACAGUGAAAGAUUGAACUCGGUUGCACAAUAAUGCCGCAGUAACAUUGUACUGUCUACUGUGUUCUUUGCAUAAUCUACGUUCUAGUGAUGCAUUCUUGUUUCAACCGAUAAUUGUGUGUGAACAUUUUGAACUUUGAAGUGGAAUGUUUUCUCGUUUAACCUCUAUGCAUCCAAACUCACCCCCUACAGUUGCGGCCGGUUCAACUACUUCAUGAAGAGACUUUAAUAAAUUUAAUCUAAGUUAAGGUGUAUAAAAUUAUGUAGAUAGGAGUUAGAACUAGUCAAUUUGUUGUGGUGGGAUGUUUUCUACGAGAGCUAAAGUUCACUUCGUAAUUUUAUUAUUAGUAUGGUGCUUGCUGUUAUAGUAUUGUAUUAUUGAUAAUUUAUAAUUGAAUAGUUUACGCGUACUGUGAGAAUUUCCAAAACCUCAACGAAGAAUUGGUUUUUAGCCGUUAAGUAAUGUUCUAGUUUAUGUUUGUUGUGCAUUUGUGCUCUUGUUUAAAGUCGUGUGUCAAUUUAAAUGUUAGGUUUUAUUUAUAAACUAAGGACGGGUUUCGGAUCAUUGAAUUUUAGUACUAUGUAUACAGUUUGUAAUCCAACGACAUGUGCAUUGUGCAAAGCCUAGAGUAUUAUGUUUCAAUGUGUGUGCUUAGUUACUAUUGAUUCAGAUGGAAUUAGUCAACGACUACCGUAGCCUCGUAGCGAUUUGUUAUUAGCUAGAUUUUUGUCAAUCUAAUGAUUAUCUACAACGGAACCAAUCGUUCGUGAAUUGAGAAUUGUUCUCUUUAAAGAUGGAAUAUAAUAUUUUCUAAUAAAUAAAUCCUAUUUUCUUACAGAUUCAUAAAGUAUGUUAGACGUGUAAAAGGCAAUACGCACAUAAGGAUUAGAUACAGUAGACUUAUGUAGACGUGUGACUUACAUCGCAUAACCGAAACAGUUACUAGACAUUACGUCUCUAUAGUGAUUUGAACAUAUUUUAGAAUAUUAAUAUCUUAUUUAUACAAGUCGCAAUCUGUCACUAGCCGUGCCAAAUCUACAAAAUCCUUUAACUUAAGUGAACGUUUUAUAAGCAUAUUUAAACUAAUGAGUUUGUCUAGUCGCUUAUCUUUUUAAAGUUUCCUGCUUCCUUUGUUCAGAGAGAUCAGUAAUCAUGGUGAACUCAAAGUUCAACCCAAAAAGCAACCAAGAUUACAGUAUUGUUUAAACGUAACUGCUAGAUUAAUCCAAAACGUGACCCUGAAAUUCCAGUUGCGGUGAUGGAUCAAACCUAGUUAGGGAAGUCAGCAAUAAAUUUUAUACUUCGACUGUGCCUUUCCUAUUUCUAACGUGUUAGCUUGUCGAAUUGAAUGUGGUUAGACUCUGAAAUUAAAUGUAUACUGUAGGAGUUGAAGGGUAGACACAUAAAUUAUUCUUGUUAAAGAUUUAUUAAGUUUUUGUUGUAUAUGGUCAUGUGUAAAGUUUUGUAACGUAAGACAGUCUCUCCUGCAGAACAGUAUAAACUUAAUCAUUCCGAAAACAAAUGUACAUGUAUUGUUUUAUAUCCAAUGAACACUGCUUUAUGAACUUUACGAUAUUUUAUUGCUUUGGUGUUUCUCUUACAUUUAUUUACGUACAUUAUUGUUAAGAAAUUUGUGUCUUUCUGGGUUUAUCUUUUUGUAUUGAAGCUUUUUCCUUCCAUUAGAUGCUAUCUUUUGAUUAAAAUGUCUUCCAACUUUACUUAAUCUACCAUUAACUUAAAAUACUAUGGAUUGAAGAUUUAAUCAGUAGUAACAAUAGAUGCCUUGUGUAAUAGACAGUGGUCAGUUGUAUUUGUGUUUCGAUUGUUUCAAGUGAAUUUAGUAAACUUAAGUAUACCUAGUGUUUUCGUGAUAAAAGAGUAAACUUCGUGAUAAUGAUGAAUAAUUGUUUUGUCGGUACUGAUUGUAUGAUAUUUUUUAAGGGGUAUGAACAAUGUUCAUAGUGAGUACACCUGUUAUCUUAGCUGGUGAUCUGUCAAGUUACGAAAGUUACGACGAUGUUAGGUUGAAAAAAUAAAUCUAAAUAUUAA